UUCCAGCUUCAGAGAAUGGCGAAUACUUCCAAGGGCAAGGUGUGCGUCACUGGAGCCUCUGGCUUUGUUGCCUCUUGGCUUGUCAAGCGACUUCUUGAGUCAGGGUAUCAUGUUCUAGGGACAGUCAGAGACCCAGGCAAUCAGAAGAAGGUAGCACACCUCUGGAACUUAGCAGGUGCUAAGGAGAGGCUGGAGCUCGUGAGGGCUGACCUCUUGGAAGAAGGGAGCUUCGACGAUGCUGUGAUGGCCUGCGAGGGCGUCUUCCACACUGCAUCGCCUAUCAUCACCAAUGCUGAUUCCAGGGAAGAAAUGCUUGAUUCAGCAAUAAACGGCACUCUAAACGUGCUGAGAUCCUGCAAGAAGAACCCAUUUCUCAAAAGGGUUGUCCUCACGUCGUCAUCGUCGACCGUGAGGCUGAGAGAUGAAGCUGAAUUCCCCCCCAACGUGCUAUUGGAUGAAACAUCAUGGAGCUCCGUGGAGUUCUGCGAAAGCAUCCAGAUAUGGUACGCUGUCGCGAAGAUCCUCGCUGAGAAAUCAGCCUGGGAGUUCGCCAAGGAGAACAACAUCGACCUCGUGGCCGUUCUUCCGACGUUCGUCAUCGGCCCUAACCUCUCCCCUGUGUUAGGCCCCACCGCCUCAGAUGUCCUUGGCUUGUUUAAAGGGGAGACGGAGAAGUUCACCAUCUUCGGGAGGAUGGGGUACGUCCACAUCGACGACGUCGCGAGCUGCCACAUCCUGGUCUACGAAACCGCCGACGCCAAGGGGAGGUACAUCUGCAACUCGGCGGUUCUGGGCAGCGACGAGCUGGUCGCCUUGCUCGCGAAACGGUUCCCUUCGUUCCCCAUCCCGAAGAGUUUACCCAACAUUUACGGGGAGCAGACGUAUGGCUACAACACGUCUAAGAUCCGGAAGCUGGGGCUCGAGUUCAGAGGCGUGGAGGAGAUGUUCGAUGACUCGGUGGAGUCGCUCAAGGCGCAUGGCUAUCUGCGCGAGGGCGCCGCCUGAUGCGGAUGAGCGGACAGGACGAUCCCGUUCCCGGAGGGAAGAAGAUGAGGCCGUGGUGCCGUUGCCUGCUCUAGAAGCAUUUCAGUUAUUACUAACACAUGAGAAGAAUGCGUUCCCUUUCUUGUCUUUAUUUCUGCUUUGGGUAUUCUCUUGCCACUCUGCAGACAGUCACGAACGACAAGGAAAUGAAUGUACUCCAUGUCGCAUUGCGUGCCAUGUUUCAUCCUUUUAGCUCA